GGAGGAGGAGGAGGUGAAGUUUAGUUGCCGCCGCCGCCGCCGCCGCCGCUGCCAUUUUGUGCUGAGGGCUGCUGCUGAGCUCCAGCCACCAUGGUGAAACUUUUCAUCGGCAACCUUCCCCGGGAAGCCACCGAGCAGGAAAUCCGCUCCCUUUUCGAGCAGUACGGCAGAGUCCUGGAGUGUGACAUCAUCAAGAAUUAUGGGUUUGUGCACAUUGAAGACAAGACGGCCGCCGAGGACGCCAUCCGCAACCUGCACCACUACAAGCUGCACGGCGUCUGCAUCAACGUCGAAGCCAGCAAAAACAAGAGCAAGGCUUCCACCAAGCUGCACGUGGGCAACAUCAGCACCAGCUGCACAAACCUGGAGCUGCGGUCCAAGUUUGAGGAAUACGGCCCCGUGCUUGAGUGUGAUAUCGUGAAAGAUUAUGCCUUUGUGCACAUGGAAAGAGCUGAGGAUGCCGUCGAGGCCAUCAGAGGCCUCGACAACACAGAAUUCCAAGGCAAACGAAUGCGCGUGCAGUUGUCCACCAGCCGUCUCAGGACCGCGCCCGGGAUGGGAGACAAGAGUGGCUGCUACCGGUGUGGGAAGGAGGGUCACUGGUCUAAAGAGUGCCCGGUAGACCGCACGGGGCAAGUGGCUGAGUUGACCGAACCUUAUAGCGAGCAAUACGGAAUGGUGCGCACCCCGUACCCUACAGGCUACGGGGAUCCCAUGUAUUACGAUGACCCCUAUGGAAUGGUGGAUUACUAUAAACGGUAUCGCGCGAGAAAUGCUGCGGCCUAUGGGGCCUCUGCAUACGACACUUAUGCGGAGCACACCAUGGCCCAGUAUUCCCAGUACGCCCAGUACUCGCAAGCCACAGACAUGGCCAGUCGCCUCUCUACCACCUUAGACCCCUACGAGAGGCCCCUGCUGCCAACCUCGGGAACUGCAGCCGCGGUAGCCGUCGCUGCUGUGGCCGCGACGUCCUCCUUUUACACCCGGGAUAGAAGCCCUCUGCGUCGCUCGGCCGCUGCGGCUUCCACCGCUGGAGACGUGUACGGAUACGAGCGCGUUCAGCUGUCUCCCGUCUCGCGAUCCUCUCUCUACGAUGUCCAGCGUUUCGGGUGGGAUGCAGGCGCGGACAGGUUGCGAUACUCCGCGUAUUGAGUCUCGAGGUAGGCUAUUUGAGGGCUGGACAUCGGGUUCCUGCGGCGCGUUCACGUCAAAGCUAUGCCAGGCUUCACGAAGUGUCGAUUUUGUGUUUAGCAUGGUCUCGCUAAUGGAAAUUCUGUGUCUCAGCGCCGCUUAGUGACAACUAACAGUCC